AUGGUAUCAAGUUUGCUUCUACAAGCUAAUUUUUGUCUUCAGAUAGUUCCAGAAGGAUUCCUUCUAGGAUUUCAAGCACUUAAUGUCUUGAAUCUGAGUCGAACUCACAUCCGUACACUGCCUAUUUCCCUUGUCCAGUUGAGUCAACUCCGGGCUCUUAUACUACGAAGAUGUCAAAGACUCGCUAAAUUACCCCCGGUUGGAAAUCUUUGUAAUUUGGAAGUGCUUGAUUGCUCUUCCAGUGAUCUCGAGUUAUUGCCAGAAGGAAUGGAAAAUUUAACCAAUCUCAGGCUAUUAGAUCUAUCAAAAACUUCCUUGAGAUAUAUUCCAAAUGGAAUUAUAUCCCAGUUGUCCCGUUUAGAAAUUAUAAACACGACAAAAAGUUUCUACACUUGGGGUGCGAGGAGUGAGUUAGAAAGGGGACAAACACCAUUUGAUGAGCUACAAUGCCUCGACCGAUUGAGUGCUCUAUUCAUGAACUUCAAUUCCUAUAACCUCGCAUUUGAAGAUCUUUCUUGGAUAGAAAGGUUAAAAAGAUUCCAUGUUGUCAUUCAUAAAAGUCCAACUAAUGCAAAAGCAUUACAAGUGAUGAGGUGGUCUAACAGGGCUACUAGUACUGACUCUGAUAAGAAUUGGAUGAAGUCGUUGGUGCAAAAAGCAAAUCUGCAAACAAUUCCUACAGACUUCCCCAAAGAAUAUCGAUUUAUUGGUUUGAGAUCACUAACUAUGACAGAUUGUGACCUAAAUUUUCAACCAGCAAGAGUUAGUGGUACCAAAUUUUACCCAUUACUGACCCUUGAGGAACUUAUUCUCCUUCGUCUGGGUUUAGAGUCCAUUUCAGAACUAGUUCACCAUCUCCAUUUGAGAUUUUCUGAACUUAGAAUAAUAAAAGUGUCUGAAUGUUACUACUUAAAAAAUCUCUUCUCUUCAACUAGUAUUACACCGACUUUAAAAAAUCUAGAAAAAGUCACAAUUAGCCAUUGUAGGAAGUUGGUGGAGCUCUUUGAGAGUGCUAGUUCAAGCCAGUCAUCUGAGGGGUUGUUAGAGGAGCUUGUUGAGAAUGCUACUUCAAGCCAGACAUUGAUUCCGAGUUGCAUUGUUCCAAACCUACGGAUAAUGAAAUUGAAGGAGCUUCCCAAAUUAGCGACCCUGGGCGGGCACCACCAGUCAUGGCAGCAUCUAGAGAAACUUGAAGUGAUCCAUUGCAAUCAAAUCAAGAAGUUGCCAUUCACUACCCAAAAUGCAACUGCCAUAAAAGAAAUAAGAGGUGCAUCGCAAUGGUGGAAUGAUUUGGAGUGGGAUGAUGAAAAUACAAAAUCAGGUCUACAGCAGUAUUUCAAGCCCUAUUGA